CUCUGCAGAGGUGGGCUCCAGUCGCCGACUGCGGGAUCGCGGGGUCCGCAGCGGCCUGGGCUCCCGCAGCGACUCCACCGCAGCUCGUCUCAGGCACCGAUCGUGGCUGCCUACGGAGCCGGCGGGGAGCCCAGAAGGAGCCCGGGGCGCCGAGCCUCCCGUCGCGGCUCACACUCCUGCGGGGAGUCGCUUGCCUGCUCUGCCGGGGCGACCGCGGCCGCGUGGUUCCCACCCGGUCCCUCCAGCAACAUGAGCCCGAACCUGACGCCAAGGGUGCGUGCAGCCCGGCAGCGCCCGAUGGAUUCCAGUCGCCGCCGGGGCCGACCGCCCGCAGCUCGGCAGCCUCCGGGUCACCUGGAACCUGGGAGCUGACCCAGCUCUCUCAAGAGUCAGCAGACAUUGGCCUUGGUGGUGAAGGGGAGAGUGGUAGUCAAUGUUAUUUGAGCAGGGUCAGGAGGCCCUGGAACUUCCUGAGUGCACCAUGCAGAAGGCUGCAUACUAUGAGAACCCGGGACUCUUUGGAGGCUAUGGUUACAGCAAAGCCACUGAGGCAUAUGGCUACAGCACUCCUCAUCAGCCCUACCCACCCCCUGCUGCUGCAAACUCGCUGGACAGUGAUUACCCUGGUUCUGCCUGCUCCAUCCAGAGUUCUGCACCUCUCCGAGCCCCAGGCCAUAAAGGAGCUGAACUUAAUGGUAGCUGCAUGCGACCUGGCACUGGGAACAGCCAGGGUGGGGCUGGUGGCAACCAACCUCCUGGGCUGAACUCAGAGCAGCAACCACCACAACCCCCUCCUCCACCACCCACCUUGCCCCCAUCCUCGCCCACCAACCCUGGAGGUGGAGUACCUGCCAAGAAGACCAAGGGUGGACCUAAUGCUUCUAGCUCUUCCGCCACCAUCAGCAAGCAAAUCUUCCCCUGGAUGAAAGAAUCCCGCCAGAACUCAAAGCAGAAGAACAGCUGUGCCACUUCAGGAGAGAACUGCGAAGAUAAGAGCCCGCCGGGCCCAGCAUCCAAGCGGGUGCGCACGGCGUACACUAGCGCUCAGCUGGUGGAGCUGGAGAAGGAGUUCCACUUCAACCGCUACCUGUGCCGGCCGCGCCGCGUAGAGAUGGCCAACCUGCUGAACCUCACCGAACGCCAGAUCAAGAUCUGGUUCCAGAACCGUCGCAUGAAAUACAAGAAGGACCAGAAGGCCAAAGGCAUCCUGCAUUCUCCGGCGGGCCAGUCCCCAGAGCGCAGCCCACCUCUUGGAGGAGCGGCGGGCCACGUGGCCUACUCCGGUCAGCUGCCGCCCGUGCCCGGCCUGGCCUACGACGCACCCUCGCCGCCCGCUUUCGCCAAAUCGCAGCCCAACAUGUACGGCCUGGCAGCCUACACGGCGCCGCUCAGUAGCUGCCUGCCGCAGCAGAAGCGCUACGCGGCGCCCGAGUUCGAGCCCCACCCAAUGGCGAGCAACGGCGGCGGCUUCGCCAGCGCCAACCUGCAGGGUAGCCCGGUGUACGUCGGUGGCAACUUCGUCGACUCCAUGGCGCCCGCGUCCGGGCCGGUCUUCAAUCUGGGCCACCUCUCACACCCGUCUUCGGCCAGCGUGGACUACAGCUGCGCCGCGCAAAUCCCUGGCAACCACCACCACGGACCGUGCGACCCUCAUCCCACCUACACAGAUCUUUCGGCUCACCAUUCGUCUCAGGGACGCCUGCCCGAGGCCCCCAAACUGACACAUCUGUAGCGGUUGCCGCCGGCCUGGUAGCUCGGUGCAAUUACCUCUCUGGUUUUGGUGGCAGGGGUGGUGGUGGGGCGGGGCCCGAGGGGCAGCUCGGGACACCCUCCCGUCCCCGAUCUGGUCUGGCCGCUGCCUCUCGAGUCUCCGCUUCCAGCGGCCGAGGCUGACACUACUGGGCCUUCCCUCCAGGCGCGUCCUCCUUUGGGUGACUCGCUAUAAAUCAGCCGCAAGGAUCCUCCCCUGUAAACCUGACAGUGCCAUAUUCUGCGGACCGAGGGACUCCAAUCUGGUAAUGGUGUCCCUAAGGUAAGUCCGAGACCCACCCGUGGCGUGUCCUGAAGAGGAACUAGAGCCUGGAGAAUCCCGGGCCUGGCCCCUCCGUCUAGCUUAGUUUCAGAGACCUUAAUUUAUAUGCUCCUUCCCCUCCUGUAAAGAUUGCAUCGGACUAAACAAUCUGUAUUUAUUAUUUGAAGCGAGUAAUUUCGUUUCCCUGAUUAUUUAUCCUCGUCUUAAUGUAUUUAUGUGUAUAUUUGUAGAAUUCUCCAGCCGGGCCUAGGUACGCGCUCCCGGGCCUUGGGGGCCACAUCUCAUCUCUUUAGUCCCCUUGGUCUGAACAAGUUGAGAAAGUAGUUUUGAACAGUUGUAACCGUGGCUGGUGUUUGUAGUUGAUGUAAAGGAUUGAGAUCACAAACGGUCCUUCAUGGUUAGAGUCAGGCAGCCCGGUGGUGUAGCACGGCGUUUCUCAACAACCGAAGCCCUCACUACUCGACACAGCUUAUUGAUUUCAAAUUGUCUGGUACUAUUUGAACAAACAUUUAGAAUAAAAAAAAUUUUCCUCAGUUGGAAGUGUAUCUGUGUUACUCACACACAUUUGCAGGCAGUCAACUCUGCCUUGAUCCCCCUGUAAGCCCCUCCCCCAAUAAAAAGGACCCUCUGAAAAAUAUUUUAUUUAUUCGGAACCCAUUGCAUAAAUUGUCUUGGAGGGAUGCUUGAUUACGUUCACGCUAUUGAAAUCGGAUGGCAGUAACCAGAGGAUGCAAACCCGGAAAUAUUCUAGGUGGGGUGAUUGUGAUAGGGCUUUGCCAAAGCAGCUGCUGCAGGGCUCUUUCUAGACAUGAUUGUUACACGGGGAGGCAGAGCUCAUUUUUCUGCAUUAAAUAAUAACAAUUAAACUUUUGAAAAAAACCUGACAAUCAAAGAAAAAGCAUAAGACAAAACAGGAAGGAUUAAGCUAGGAAAACCUAAGGUGCAGGGGUAUAAAAAGAAAUGACCAGGCAGAGACAAGCACCCAGGCUUUUAUCUAGGAAGUGCUCAGGAUUCUUUUUCCUUUGUAAUGGUCAGUAGCUCAUUUCAAAAGAAAACAAAUGUUCUCCAUAAAUGUAAAAUAAUAAAAGUUUCA